GCAUUAUGGAAUUUAUUAUAUCAUGGACCUAAGAGAAAAAGAUUUUAAAAUUUAUGGGCAACAAUAACUUUAUCUGCAAACAUGGAAAGUUUUUGGGAGAGUAAUUGUUAUAUUAGUUAAUGGUAGACAAGAUUCUUAAAUGAUUGAGAAAAAGAAAUGAAUAAAAAAUUUUUUUGGAAAUAAAAAUCCAAAAUUCGUGCAGAGCCCACAUGAUCUAUAAAAGAAACACGUGACCAAAAGGGUAUAGAGUCGACUCCAACAAAAGCACCUCCCAAAACGUUCAAACAGUGGCCAAUCAAACAACAUAAACCCUUAACCAUGAGAACUACGAUUGGUUGGCUUCGAACCUACCAUUUGAGCUCGUUAACUAUAAAUUGGUACAAAUAAUAAUAACGAAAGUCAGUUUAGUCGACGCGGUGACGACGACGCCGAUUUUCAACAACGUGAUUUCUAUCAAUUAAAUUUAAAAAAAGAAUUUUGAUUUUUUUUUGAGAAAUGGAUGGUCCCUUUGAAGACGGUUUUAUUGAUUAUUCAAACCAACCUUUACCAUCAUUAAAUAGUACGUUACUUCAAAAUAAAGUGGGAAAUCAAGAAAAUUUGCACUCGAUUCAAGUUAUGUUGGGAUUGCAACAACACAACGAUAUGUUUUCGGGAAUGGGGAGUCCGUUGGAAUACAAAGGUUCCCCACAAAAUAAAUUGGACGGCUCUCCGACGAUGUCGCACCAACACCACCAGGAGUUGAUGUACCACCAACCGCAAAUGGAAACCGUUCAAAACGGAAAUGGAAAAAGGAAAAACGAAGACGUCGUUUUGUUGCAAAGUCAAAAUUUAUCAUCCAGCGAAAUUGGAACUAGUGCCGGAAAUGUUGGAACAACGACAACUUCCCAAAAGAAAAACGAUAAGAAGAAAGGUGAUAAUAAUGGGGUUAAGAAAAAGAAAACUAGAACAACAUUUACGGCAUUUCAAUUAGAAGAAUUAGAACGUGCUUUCGAAAGAGCACCAUACCCAGACGUUUUUGCUCGCGAAGAGCUCGCCUUAAAACUCAAUUUGAGCGAAUCUCGCGUUCAAGUUUGGUUCCAAAACAGGCGCGCAAAAUGGCGCAAACGCGAACCACCCCGAAAAACAGGUUACAUAACAUCAAACUCGCCCAGUUCGACAAUUUCCACAAAUUUCAACAAUCAAAUCAACACGUUUCCGCAAUCCACGAAUUUAAACGCAACGCCACCUGUCGAUUCGUGGACGUAUCAAUCGUCGUACGCCGAUUUGACACAUCUCAAUAUAUUGAAUACGGCGCCAUCUGGUUAUCAGAGUUUUGGAUCGCCGCAAAAUGGGUAUUCUUAUAUGUUGAAUGCGCACGAUAGUCAGUUGUUCGCGGCCCCGCCGCCGCCACCACCACCGUCGAUGCGAGAGUAUCCGAAUCAAAGUCCACCGUUGGCGCGGGAAUAUUCAAUGCUUUCGGGACAUUCGCCGGAAACGGAUGAUGGAAAAAUUGAGUAUGUUAGCCAUACUCUAGGGAAUUCCCCGGAACGAUAUGCUAAUUUAUCACCGAAAUACGAAGUUAAUUUAUUACAGGAGGUGAAGGGGGAGUUUUCCGAUGGAAGGUUAAAAGAACAAGUUAAAAUAGAGGGAGGGUCAAAUCAAACGUAUGUUGCUUUACCGCCGUUUUUAAAUUAAUAAUAAUAUAUAUAUAUAUAGGUAUGUAUUAUCAAAAAAAACACAUUUUUUUUCGAGUCUGAGCAAAAAGAUCAAUAAAAAAAAACAAAAAUAGACCUUGUUACAAAUGUAAAUGUGAAGAAAUUAGGGUUAUAGUGUCAAUGCCAAAGAUAUAAAGUUAGAUUCGUUUUUUUUUUUUAUUUUGAGUUGGUCGCUCUAAAAUAUUUUCUUUUCUUCUUUUGGCUCUAUCAAAAUUAA